AUGUCAUUCACACUCCAGAAGAAACAGGUCAAAGCCCAUCCAAUUAGGGCAAAGGGAUCUACAUUGUUAGCCGAAGAUGCCCAAAACUUGACUAUUGUAUACAACAAAUACAAAUCCAAUUGUCCACGACCAGACGCCAAAUCACAAUUGACCUACAACCUUGUGUUUUGUCAUGGAACAGGGUUCAACAAAUCGGUUUGGAACUACCACAUUAAGAAAUUGUUUCAACUCUCGCAGUCGAUGCAAGUUCCAUGGUUUUUAGAUACUGUUGUUAGUGUUGAUGCUGUGAACCAUGGAGAUUCGAGUUUGGCAAAUGCUGACAAGUUGGGUGCCGUGUAUGUAUGGGACGAUGGAGCAAGGGACGUGAUUGAGGUUGUGCAGCACGAGAUUCGUACUACCGGCGAUUUGAAGAAUGAUCGCGAUGUGAGAACUGUUGUGGUGGGACAUUCCAUGGGUGGAUAUAUAGCCACAUAUGCCGCCUAUUUGGAAAGCACUUUAUUUGAUUCCAUUAUUGCUAUUGAGCCUGUCAUUUACGGUACCAAAAGCAGUUCAGCAUUGUAUACCAAAUUGUUUCAAAAGAUUGGUGGGUUAAUCAUGGACACAUUUGACACUGAACAAGAUGCACAAGACUUUUUUGGCAAACUCUCCUUCACCAAAUCGCAUCAUCCAGAAGUGUUGAAAGAUUACAUUGCUGAUGAAGUAUACAGGACCAAGAAUGAAGAAGGUAAAGAAGUAUACAAAAUCAAAUGCACAAAGAAUUUUCAAGUGGCAACUUAUAUGGGGGCAUUGAUGUCUCUUUCUAAAGGCAUGUUGGCAUUGCCCGAUUUGAAAGUGCCCUUUUUGCACAUAACUGGAGCCAAAGCGAAAUGGAAUCCGCCCCAAAGUGUUCCCUGGGUCAGGGGCGCAAUCAAUCCAAGUUAUUUGGCCGGCACUGUAGAUAUCCCAAAUGGGGAACAUUUAGUUAAUGGUGAAAUGCCAGAUACGAUCGUUGACGUAGUCCAGGACUUUUUGACAAAGAGGAACAAAAUAUUGGACAAAGAGAAACCACAUAUCCCUGAAGUUGCAUUGAAGCGGGACAAGGCUGCUAUACGUGAACAGGAAGUUGGUAGAUUAUUGAAGGGAGAUCUUGAGAAUGUUUAUGGGUUUGAUGUUGGAAUGGACUUCCCUUUUGAUAUCACUAUAAAAAAGGGUGAUAGUAAGUUGUAA